AUGAGUGAUAGCAAGAAGAGAUUCUCAAAGGAGGAGCGGCCGUGGUCUACCUCCAAGAUAGCAAGUCGACAUAAAGGACAACAUUUGUCCUCCUCUGUCUUGGAGGCUGGUAAUUCUGAAUCUUUACGUUAUCAAACCCAGUUGCAAGUACAUGAAGCACUGAGAUCUCUAAUAUUGCACAAUUUUUCAUUUGCAUCCAUAUUACGGGAGUCUGGAGUAAGCAAAGAUUUUUUAAAGAUAGCCUUUGAAGAUCUCGAUGUUGACGUCCAGAAAACCGCUGGUGCAGCAAAUAUCGCACCUUCUAAGUAUUCCUUGGCAAAAUUAAACCUACCGCUCACUAAUGGAAUCCAGGAAGAGUUUGUACACGAUAGCACAAUUACAGACGACAAAAAUGCACGUUUAAGACUCGAAGAUACUAAGCGAUCACCAGGGGAACAGCAGCUAGCGCAUGCUUUCAAAGCUACACUCUCAGAAUGCAAAGAGAUAGUCACCAGUUCUCCUUCAGCACUGCCAGGUGAUGAUGAUUUUGAAUCAUUGGUGGGGCAGGUCAAGUCGCAAGUAAGGGAAUCCAUACAUACCCUCCUAUCGCACAAUUUUUCAUUUGCAUCCAUAUUGAAAGAGUCAGGACUCAACAGGAUCUUUUUAGAACGUUCUUUCAAAGACAUUGGGCUUGAAAUUGGAAGUUCGAGCGAGAUUGAAAGCAACUUACAAAUGUGGGAAUCCCUACAGCUUACGCAGGGCUCGCGUAUGACCGCCAGCAAAUCCACUCACAAGAUGAAGAAGGUUGAACGAAAUGGUCAUCACACCUCACAUGAAGAGGUAGAGAGAAGACCUGCAGGCAAGAAUAUUGAGUUUGAAAUGCGUUUGUUUUCACUGAGAAUUCAGAUGGAGAUCAGAAAAAUUUCAAGUCUUAUGAAUGAUGAAGCUCUUCAAGAACAAGCCAAAGACGAACUUGUACAGAAUAAAAUAGUGAAACAGAAGCUAUUAAUAAUGAAUAAACUAGAAGAACUUUUUUACGGGGUUGUUGGGAAAUAUGACACAGCUAAAUGUAGUUACAAGAGGAGCGCGAGCAAUGACCUCUAUGACAAAUUACAUGUAUGUGAGAAGCUUUCGAGACUUGAUAAGCAAGAAAAUCACAACCAAGACAUUCCUAUACAAAAUACAGAGCAAAAUGAAGGCGAAGGACAGUCUAUUGUAUGUCACAUUUAA